AUGUUGCUAAGAUCGAGUAUUAUGACAGGUAUGAUAUAUUUUCUAUAGCUGUUGGAUAAUGACAAAAAUUAAAGUUUUUUGAACAGUUACAAUAAUUCUUGUAUAAAAAGAUCUAAAUAUCGAGUUUUUUUUGUAAAGACGACUGCACAGUGCAGUUAUUUUAAGGUUUGUAAAUUGCACCGUGCAGACAUGACUAAAAAUUUAGACUAUACUGUACAGUAAAAAAUGUUAUUCUUUAAAAUUUUAAUCAGCUGCAUUUUAAUAUUUUACGGUUUUCAAAUUAUAUAGGCAUAAGCAGGAUACUGCACGGUGCAGCCUGUUCUCUUUUGUAAACUGCACCGUGCAGAAACAAAAUGAGGUGACAUAAUUAAAAAGAUUUAAAUUUACAAAAUCUACUCAACCUUUGUCAAUCAAUGUCAUCUUGGCCAGGUAAUGCCAUGCCUUAUAGUUCUUGUCGACCCUAAUGUAUUAUUCAAAUAGUUGUUUCAAAAAUAAAAUACGACGUUGUGUUAGAUAUCACCUGUUCCCCGCUGUAAUUGUAUUUUCUCUCCAAUUGUAGUCGUAUCAAUAAAGUAGACUUGUUUAAUUUGUAAAGGUAACAUGCUUUACAAUUGAAUGUAAAUUUACCUUAUCUAUGAUAUACAAAAAAUACUAUGGUAUGUUAUGGCUGUAAUGUUAAGAGUUACGACUACUAAUUACCGUGUAAAAUAUAUUAAAUUUCAUUUUGAAAUUGUUAAGUGUAUAGUUGUGCUAUAAGGUAAUUCAUAUUGUAAUUGCUUCAAGAUACUACGUUUAUAUAGUAUCUACUAUAAGAUUACUGGUAGUAGACUUAUUUCUGUACAAUAUUUAGUAGACUUAUUUACUGUACAAUAUUUAAACCUACUACCAAAAUCUAGCUUUUUAAAACAUUAUGGAUGGAUUUGAUAAAGCUACAGUGAUCACUAUAAUAUUAACCAUAGUAGAGUUGAUUCUACAAAUAAUAGGCCUAGGAUUCAUUACAGUAUGGGCUACAGUAUACCAUCAAUUACCCCUGUUUCAUUACAAUUUAGUAUUUACAGUAAAGUAUAUUGGAAUAACAUGGAUAGUUUCAGUACUUACCAGAAUAUUAGCCAUAGUAGUCUACUUUACAGACCCACAAAGCCACGGUAAGGGGAUCUUAUUGUAAUUUUAAUACUUUAGCAGAAUCCGACGUACUAUUUAGUACCAAGACCAAGUUUGUGAUUACUGAGAACAUCUACAUGUUGUCGAUGGUUAUGGUCGGAUGGACUGUGUUGUUUACUGUAUUCGAGAGGUUGACUGCCAAUAUAUUAUUAGGAUCGUAUGAACAUAGAGAAGAUAGAUGUCUACUAAGGAUGAUUUUAGUAUCUGCGUUAAUUAGUGCUAUUGUGUUCUUGUAUUACAAUUACAGUAAGUUUUAGGCGUAUUUUUUCACUUUUUCUUAACUAUUUAGUUACAAUAGGCCGAUUGUAAAGGUUAACCUAUUAGUUUUUGAAGGUUUAAUUUAAACUUUGGACUUAGAAAUUAAAUUUGCAUUAAAUUUACGAAAAACGUUAGAAAUUUAGACGUCAAACUUAAGAAUAUUUAAUGCAAAUGCUUUUCCAGAAGAACAAAACAUUCAUUCAGUUGGUAGUUCGAAAAGUCCUGAACCAAAAAAAAAUUAAAAAAAUUAAAUCCAAUUUUUGAAGUUUUUAAAAUUCUUUUUAUAAUUAACAGGUUACUACCCACGACCUGAUUAUAAAUUAUUUUAAAUUACAUUGUAUGUCUUUAUUCUUUUUUCGGUUUUAUUUUUUAAAAAAACGUUUAGUUCAGAACUUUAAGGACAACUUAAUAAUUGAUGUAUAAUAUCAAUUUAUGCCAAGAAAAUUUUUGUGACGCCGUAUCAGCUCACAGUAAAAUAUUUUACUACAAUUUUUAGUUUUGCUACCGUAUUAUCAAUUCUGAUAAACAAAAACUCAAGUGAAUACAAUGUUAAUGUACGGUUUAAUGCGUGAAAUUACAAUUUACAUUAUAUACCUAUUGUCUUACCAUUUUUUUUAAUUCUUUAGUUUGCUAGAAAGAAUCUUAAACUUUCAAAACUUUAUGACAAUAUGUGUAUUAUAAACUACAUCUGUGGCCAAAUAUAAUUUUCAAAUUCAAUUUAAAAAUAAAAAAAACAAUUAAAACGUUUUAAAAUUUAUAAAAAUUAAAAUUUCUUGAGUACGUUACACUUAAUAUUAUACUUGUGCAUCGUACCCAAAAUAAAAAAUUGUUUUAGAGUUCAAAUGGCACUUGUUCGAGAAGUUAGUACUGUACAUUCCAGUUGCUGCUGUAGCCUUUAUUUGUUUGGUACUGUUCUUGGCCUUUCAUACCUCGAAUAAGAAACGCCUUAAAAGUGCAAUGGAGAACCGAUCCUUCUAUUCACUUAAUGAGAGGUUCGAGUUGGCUGAGAAUGUCAGAAUCGGAGAGAUAGCAAUGAAACAAGCCUUUGUAGUCAGUGGCAUUGUCAUCACAAUGACUACGGUAGCUACUAUCGUUGGGUUGCUGGAUGUUCAAGUACCGGUAGGUUAAAUUAAAUUUUAGGAAAGUUUUAAUAAAUUAUAGCAGGAACUAUUAUAAACGCCACAUGUGUAAACGUGUACAUAAAGCCAUAUUUCAAACUUUGUUCACAGUAAAUUCUCCUUCCUUUCAGGUAUACAUCCUACGCUCAAUAUUGUACUUAACCAUAGCCAUCUAUGACAUUUGUGAAUGUUUCUUAAUAGCAUAUUGUCACCCAACUUUAAAGAAGUUAUAUUUUGAUCAACUUGAGCUUAUCUUGAGCACACGACAUAAACGGUCUGCCGUUCACUUUAUAGAAGAUACAAAACGCUACAGUAUACGAAACACAGAUGGACUAAAAUUGAACUUCUCGGCCAAAGAAGAGAAUAAGAUCGUGUUCAUGAUGUUGGAAAAGAGUUGGCAAUAA